AUCGCGAGAGUCAGAUGACCUGGCAACGCGUACAGUGCAAACAUGGCGGCGAACUGUGAUUACAAACACGACGCGUGAGUUCCUGUUGACUGUGGGCUCAGCGCAGUGCAUUUGUAGUGGAGAUACUCUGAAAUUGUCAUCUGAAUUUAGUAAAAUACGUACACUGAGGGAGACUGUUUGAUUUGUAAGAUCCAGAGCACAAGACACGUCUGACACGAAUUAAAGAAACAACAGGCCACUGGAUUUACCUCUGAAGACGACGGCAUGUCAGGUGCAGGUCAAAGCAGUGAUGGUGGUGCUGGACAGGACGCAGAGGCUGAUGGAGAACCGCCUCACGAGGCUUAUCUUCAGGGAGGGGUGAAUGAAGAAGAAGAAACACCACCAGCAGCGAAGCAGCCUCGACUGGAGCUGGAUGAUGUGGGUCUUGAUUUACACCUGAUACAGGCGCCUGUGGUGCCCUCAGUGGAGACAUGUGGGAGUCAAGGUGCUGCUGGGACUCUAGAAGAAGUUGCCUGUCAACACACUGAUGAAACAGAACGUGCUGUGGGACCUGAGGAAAUUGAAGGAGACGUGGAAUGGCAUCAAAACGGAGCAGAGAUCAGAGAAACGCUCGGACAGACUGAGGAGGACGGAACAGAUGAGUCUGAGAAGAAGAGUCCAGAAGACAACUCUGCUGAGCAGCACUAUCAAUGCCUCGACUUCAGUCAGAACCCUCAGAUGCUGACGGGCUCCUGGGCCGAAUACACCCACACCGCUGAGAAUUACCUCAGAGGCUGCAAAUGGGCUCCAGAUGGUUCCUGCAUCGUUUCAAACAGCGCUGAUAACGUUCUACGUGUAUAUAACCUCCCACCUGAGCUGUACAGCAGCCGCUGGGACAUGCUUUCUGAGAUGAGUCCAGUGCUGAAGAUGGCAGAAGGAGACACCAUCUAUGACUACUGCUGGUUCCCAAAGAUGACCUCCAUGGACCCGGAUACAUGCUUCAUUGCAAGCAGUAGCCGGGACAACCCAGUCCACAUAUGGGACGCGUUCUAUGGGGACCUCCGUGCGUCUUUUCGACCCUACAACCACCUGGAUGAGCUGACAGCGGCCCAUUCCCUGUGUUUCUCUCCCGACGGUUCUCAGCUCUACUGUGGCUUUGAUAAAAUUGUCAGGGUCUUCCACACUGACCGUCCUGGGAGAGACUGCGAGGAGAGGCCCACCAUGGUGAAGAAACAGGGUCAGACUGGCAUUAUCUCAUGUAUUGCCUUCAGCCCAUGCCAGACAAUGUACGCCUGUGGGUCGUACUCUCGUUCGGCUGGCAUUUACUCUUGUGAGGAUGGUUCUCUGCUGGCUCUGCUGCCCACUCGACACCACGGAGGCCUUACACACCUGAUCUUCUCACCCAAUGGCUAUCACCUGUUUACCGGCGGCCGCAAGGACUCAGAGAUCCUGUGCUGGGACCUGAGAGAUCCAGGACGGGUUCUGUUCUCUAUGUACAGGAACGUCAAUACAAACCAGCGUAUCUACUUUGACAUGGACCAAUCUGGACGAUAUCUACUGAGUGGGGACACCAAUGGUGUGGUGUCAGUGUGGGACACCCUCACAGCGCCACCUGAUGGGAAUGAGGAGACACUACAGCCACUGCUACAGUUUCAGGCGCACACAGAUUGUGCUAAUGGCAUCAGUGUGCACCCUUUCAUGCCAUUAGUAGCUUCGUCCAGUGGUCAGAGGAAGUUCUGCUGGCCUUCUGACAGCGAGGACUCUGAGUCAGAUUCAGACGAGGGAAAUGUGAUGUCAACAAACGGCGUACGACAGGACAACGCUCUGGUGCUGUGGUGGGCUGGCCCAUUGGGCUCAACCAAUGAGAGAGUGCCGGUGGAGGAGCCAGCAGUUAUUGAAAGCUAGAACUUUUGAUUGUAAAACUGCACUCCAGACAGAUCCAUAAUCUACUGCCAAACCUAUAAUAUACUGUUUGUUUAGGUGAUUUGUAAUUCAGCAUUGAUUUUAAUAGUCCUUAGAAUAGUCCUUUUUUUUUUUUUUUUUUUUUAAAUCUUCCAGCCUUUUUGCAUGUCGCUAGGUUUGUAAACCUCAAUCAGUAAAAGUCUAAAAGUCAAGACAAACCAAAGUCUAUUGAAUUUAAAUUGGUUCUGACAACAAAUUAUGAUUUAGAUGACUUGGACCACUGAUCUGAAAUAUGAAUAAUUCAUUCAUAGAUUUCAUUUUGUUUGGAUGGAUUCUUAAAUUGAUGUUUACGUUGUGAUUACUAGCAAUGCUUUCAGGAUCUGCCCUGUCGCUGCUGGAGUGUGAUACCUCUCAGGUUUGCGAUUUAGCUGCGCAGCCUUUUCCGAUUUUUGCAUUGGGUUUGUUUUCCUUUCACCAUGUAAAACCUGUUUUCGGGAAACACGUCAAGUCUUGCCUAGGACUAACUUUAAGGCCUUUCAGUGAAGACAGAACAGUUAUUUCAGGAGCAGGUUUAAUCCGUGUAAGAGAUUAUUCUGACUUUGGGAAGGUCUGUGUAUGAUGGACUGAGACUGAGUUUAUUUUAUGUUAAAUGUGCCAUAGAGCUACAGUGGACAGCUGUGAAUAUAUUUUUAUAAGCCUGUAAUCUGCUUUAUUGUGUGUGAAUGUGGUUGGUUUCCUGCCUCUCAAUGAGCCUCGUUGCUUUAGCUGAGGCUGCACAUUCCCUUUUAUAAUAACCCGUGUUUAUGUUUGCUUUGUGUGUGCACGCGAGAGAGAGAGUCUUUGCAUAUUCUAAUGUUAGCUGUCGUCUUGACACAAUGGUGUGCAUUUUUACAAAUGUACACUUUUUUUACAGCUUUACCUUAUAUGUGUGUGUGUGUGUGUGUGUGUGUGUUUUGUGCCUGUAAUUUUCUCUUUAAAGCAGUGGGUUUGAAUGUUUCAGGCUUGCUAAACAUGCUCUUGUCAGAGUGCUGAAUAUCAUAUUACAUCCAUUGCUGAAAGCUUCAGUUGUUUGUACAAAUGCGUAACACAAACCUUAUCUGUACAUUUUUCCUGGAUUGUAAGCCACCUCAUUCAGGUCUGCUUGUGGUUCUUUCUGCUCAGAGGAACCGUUUGCAACAGGUAGUCAUGGUGGCUGAAAAGAUUAAUAAACAUGUUUAUAUAAAAA